AUGUCCACCCUCCUCUCCCGCAAGAAGGACCUGAUCUACCUCAUCUUCUUCGCAAUCCACAUCCCCGUAAUGUUCUGUACGCAAAACCCCCUGCCCUACCCUACCCUACCCUACCUACCACACCACCAUCUCCCCCUCCUACUAAAGAACAAGAACUAGUCGUUGACCUCGCACCCCUCUAUCCCUCCUCCCUAAAACCAACCCCCAUCACCCUCCUCCGAAACUGGUACAUCCAGACCUACCGCGAUAAAUUCUUCAUUGCCCCUCCCGCAUGGUUCACAAUGUACAUCUGGAUGGAGUUGAUCUAUCACGUGCCUUUGAGUCUCUGGGCCGUGGGCGCACUCUUACGCGGUACGAGAUACCUCUCCGUUGCUUCGUUUAUCCUUCAUGGCUGAGUGAUUGCAGACGAUUCCAUGGUUCCGGUCCAUUUACUCGUAUAUGCCGUUCAAACAGCAAUCACGACCGCGACGUGUAUUGCGGAUUACUUGAGCUGGGAGGGAUAUUCGAAUGCGGAGAAAGUGGAACUGGGAAAGUUAUACGUGCCUUAUCUGGCGCUGUGUAAGUUUAUUUCGCUUUUUUUUUUCUUUCUUGUUCGUGAUAUAUGUAUGCCCUACUGACGGAUGCGGUUGUCACAGCCGUAUUCAUGGGCGUCGACAUGUACACUCGUCUACAUUUCACCCUGAGCAGAAGACGGGCGGGCUCCAAUGUGGCGAAGAAGAGGAAUUGA